CAUAAAUUGGGUUAAGUAUUUCGAGUAUGUUGUAAAGUAGUAAAACACUCUUGUCACAAACUCUUCUGGUGAUUGACAAGUAUAUUAAAUUCGAAAUUUCGUAUAUUACCCAUGAAACUUCUAAGUUUUUAGAUAAUUAAACUGAGUAUCAAUAUAGUAUUUUAUAUAAUGGCUGCAAAAGUGUAUCAACCGGACCAAGAAUUAGAGACGAAAGUUAAAAAAGCAACGGAGCGUAUAUCUGAAAAUAUGCACAUAGUGGCAAAUGAACCAUCUCUCGCAUUUUAUAGACUUCAAGAACAUGUAAGAAAGGCAUUACCUCCAAUGGUAGAAAAGCGUGUAGAAGUGCUUGCUCUUCAACAGCAACUUUUAGGCAGAUGUUAUGAUGUAGAGUAUGCUGUAAGUGCUAUUAAAACAAUGCAUGGUGCUGGGAAAAGUUUUGAGAACACUUUAGAAUUCAUCAAGAAUGCAAUAUUCUUUAAACAACAAUUGAAGUAUGAAGAACAACGUAGACACAAAAAGGAUGGAAAUAGGGAUUCUGUAUACAAAAGAUUAUCUGCACACAUUGCUACUUUAGAUCACUUGCCAGAUGAAAUAUCUGAUGUUGUAAGAGAAACUGCUAAUAGAGUAGAAUCAAUGAUGAAUCAUGCUAGAUAUUCUACAGAGGUACAAAAACCAAAUUGA